AUGCCUCUCAAUGCUCUAGCUAUCUACCCUGCGGCGGAUCCAGAGUUCAUCUCCUUCCCCAGUCGCAGAAGUGUAGUUCACAGCACAAAGGGAAUUGUAUCGAGUUCACAGCCCUUGGCCUCAAACUGCGGUCUACGAGUGCUUCAACAAGGUGGAAACUGCGCAGAUGCCGCUGUCGCAGUUGCGGCAGGUCUGAACAUGACCGAGCCCGGUAGCACGGGUAUCGGUGGUGACAUGUUCUGUCUGUUCUACGAUGCAAAGACCAAGCAGGUGCAUGCCUUGAAUGGCUCUGGUCGCGCUCCUGGGAACGCAACAUGUGAGAAAGUACGACAGUCUCUUGGUUUGAAAGAGGGCGAGAAUGGCACGAUCCCCAUGAGCAGUGCACAUGGUGUCACUGUACCCGGAGCAGCAGCUGGUUGGGUCGACGUGGUCGAGAAGUUUGGCAGUGGAAAGUUGAGCAUGGAACAAAUCUUGACUCCUGCUAUCGAGCUGGGAGAGGAUGGCUUCCCGGUUUCUGAGAUCAUGGGCUACUAUUGGUCGAAAGCCGAGCAGUCGAUCCGAAAUGCCUCGCCCAACUUCGCCGAAAUGCUCAAGAAGGACCCGAAUGGAAAGGAUGGCUGUCGAGCUCCAAAGCCUGGUGAGAUCAUGCGUAAUCCUACUCUGGCUCAGACCUUCCGCGAGGUUGCCAAACACGGAAAGGCUGGCUACUACACUGGAAGAAUCGCAGAAGAGUUGGUCAAGGUCGUUCAAGAUUUGGGAGGCUUCAUCUCUUUGGAGGACUUGAAGAACCACAUGGACAAAGGCAGCGAAGAGGUCGAUCCUAUCAAGCUGAACUACCGUGGACAAGGCAUUGCAAAGUCGCAUGGAGAGACGAUGCACGAUAAGAGCUCGGAAGGUGUUGAUGUCUGGGAGCACCCUCCCAACGGACAGGGCAUUGUCGCUUUGAUGGCCUUGGGUAUGCUGCAAGAGCUGGAGAAGAACGGCAAAGUCUCCACCUUCACCGACAAAGAUCACAAUUCUGCCGAGCACAUCCACGCUGUUGUCGAGACUCUCCGUAUCGCGUUUGCCGACGCCAACUGGUGGGUGGCAGACCCCAACGUGGUCAAGGUUCCUUCCCAAGAGCUCAUCUCCGAACAAUAUCUUGCUGAGCGAGCUAAGCUUUUCGAUCCUAAGAAGGCUGGUGACAUCCCUGAUCAUGGUUCUCCUGCACACAACCACUCUGACACUGUCUACUUUGCUGCAACUGACAGCGAGGGCAACGGUAUCUCAUUCAUCAACUCAAACUAUGCUGGUUUCGGUACUGCUAUCAUCCCCAAGGGCUGUGGAUUCACCCUACAAAACCGUGCCUGCAACUUCCAGCUACAACCAGCCAACCACCCCAACGUCUACGCUCCCAACAAGCGUCCUUACCAUACCAUUAUCCCUGCUCUGAUUACUAACAAAUCAGAUCAGAGCUUGCAUUCUGUCUAUGGUGUGAUGGGUGGUUUCAUGCAGCCUCAAGGACACGUUCAAGUACUAUUGAACAUGCUCGUCUUCAAGAUGACACCACAGGCCGCUCUUGACGCACCUCGUGUCUGCAUUGGUGCUGGUAUGCCCGACAGUGGUGAUGUCUUUGACAAGACCGUUUACCUCGAAGAUGGUAUCUCGGAAGAGACUGCUGAUAAGCUUCGUGCCAUGGGUCACAAUGUCGAGAUUAUCAAGGGACAUGGCAGAGGUCUGUUCGGCAGAGGACAAGUCAUCAGAUGGCACGUUGACCCCGUCGAGGACCGCGGUAUCUGGAGUGCAGGCAGUGAUCCUAGAGCUGAUGGACACGCCGUUCCCUGGAUGUAA